AUGAAAGAUCGAAAAAAAAUGGCAUUGGGAUAUUGCUGCUCCGAUCACUUGGACGCUCGCGGAAUUCGCAAAUCGUCGGAUAUAUCAAAAUGCUUCUCGAAAAGAAGCCGCUCUCUUGCGAGCCCUCAGCUGUGCGCACCCUUGAAAAGAUCGAAAAGAAUUGACGUCGCUGCUUCGUUGUUCGACACAGGAAGAAAAGAUGGAAAGUUGAUUGAAAGAAAGAAGGUUUCUAAGCCGGCGAGUGAUGUGGCACAACUUCGUGUUCUUGACAAUUCCAUGGAUGAUCAGCAUCGAUCAAAUGGAGGAGGAAAAUGGCCGCAAAGUCGUGUUUCAAGAAGAGAACCGUCUGGAGCGAGCCUUCAGCAGUGCGUCUCAUUGCGACGAUCGAAGAGAAUCGCUGCGUCCAAUGCAGCAAGACGUAUAGAGUCGUUGGAAAGAAAGAAGAUUCCGUGUCCUAUUUCUAAUGAGGCAACUGAAGCACCACGACAUCGUUUUGUAGAAGAGCCCAUGGACGACCAGCUUCGAUCCAAUGGAGGUGGAAAAUGGCCACGAAACCAUUUCUCAAGAAGAGGCCGCUCUGGAGCGAGCCCUCUGAAGUGCCGGCGACUUACCAUUGAAGUUCUUCGACAGGAGAGUGUGAAUCUUCCGAUAGUGUCAGGAGCUGAAAUCGAAAGAGAUCAAAUACAACUCGAUGGGGAAGGACAUCAGAAUGGAAAUACGGAGAGAAAUCAGGAAUGUGGAAUGGUCUCCAUUCAAAAUGUUGAAAUUGCUGCAUCUGCUUGUGCUGCGUCAACAGAGCUUACAACUGAUUUGUUGUCACUCCUGUCGUCUCAGGAUUCGUCGACGUUGAGUUCUGUUGAAGGUGAUACAAUGGUGUUGGAAGAAGGCAGCAAAUUGAGGUUGGAAGAUGGAAGCGGCGCUGUAGAUAGCGAUAACUCCCUGUUGCGAAUGGCUGAAGAAGAUAGGAGUACGGACGCGAUCGAUAUCAGCGACGAUCUCUUUUCGGCGUUCCUAGAGGAAGAAGCGGCUGAAGAAGAAAUGGAAAAGAGCUCGCUGUGUACAGACGGGACAGACGAGCUCAAUGCUGCGUUCCGAGAAGAAGCAGAAGAAGAAGAAGAAGAAGAAGAAGAAGAAGAAGAAGAAGAAGAAGAAGAAGAAAUGGAUGGCAGUAGCGAUGACGGUUGUGAGAAAAUGAACGUUACCGAUGUGUUCAACUCGGCGUUUCACGAAAAAGAGAAGGAAGAAGAAGAUGAAGAAGAAGAGGAAGAAGAAGGCCGAGUUGAUACACAUUGGAUAACAUCUAUCCAAGAUUCGCAGUUUCCGCCCUCGCUCCGCAUUCUUGCUAGGGCUUUGGUGUCAGUCGACGACAUGCCCCAUUUGAGAGGUACGAAUCAAGAACUCUACCUCUCAUCGGGCGCAAUUCUUUGCGGCCUUAUGGACGUCGCGGCACAGUCCAUUGAUGAACGGAGGGAAGUCGUAAAGGAGGAUGUCGCCGGCGCCUUAAUUGGUGACCGGCUGGACUUUGAGAUCGUUUUCGUCCCGAUCUUUCUCGAGAACCAUUGGAUGCUCGGGACAAUCGACGGCAUCAGGCAUAUGGCUAGGGUAUACGACUCGGGCUCGUCACGUCAGACGCCAGCAAGAAGAAAGAUGGUAUCCAAUGCCAUCAAGACGUUGGCGGCCCACCUGAUGCCAGAAUGCCUGAUGUCGACUCGCUGGGCCCCGCAAGGACAUCAAGACAUCCAAACCGACGGCUGGAAUUGCGGGGUCCAUGUGAUACGGAACGCCCGGCGUUACUUGGAACGUCCAAACUCCAAUAUUUCAUCGAAGGACGGGGAGCACGCAAGAAUAAGAUACGAGAGACUCCGACUUCGCCAACUUGUACAUGCUCUGGCCCAGCGUUGUGGGGAAAUCGCCGACGAUGCGACAAGAAUGGCGCCGUUAGCCGAGAAUCUGGCGAUUUAUCCACAAAAGAUUCGUUCUGCCAAAGCUACAGCGAAUAGAAGAAUACUUCAUCUCUACCGAACACAUCGAUGCUAA